UCUGAAUGAUGUGAUGAUGGGGACACCCGCUGGUGCAACUGAUCGGCGACCCAUACAGAAAGCCUUGGAAGAAGCCUCGGAAUACAAGACGAUUAGAGGCAGUAUUGGCUCGGACGAUUAUGAAGAGGUAUUACCAGUUCUCAAAGAAGAGUUUGCCGUUCUCGGUGAAGGCCCGCUAUCUGGGAGCGACGAGAGUGAUGCGAUUCGUCUGCGCUUCCAGAACUGGGCCGAGGUCUCUUCUUUGUUUGACGAGUUAGCUCAAGCACUGAAGAAACACCAUGCGGCGCGGCGGCUUGCC